UGGUGCUGAUACCAGUGGAACUUUUUCCUGUCAAUGCGUCGUAUGCAAGUUUACUAUUAAUAUCUGUAAUUUUAAGAUCAAUAAAAGCAAUGGGUACAACACCAAGUCGCUAUGAAGAUCUCUCCAAAAAUGUAUACCUGGAAAGAUUCUGCGGAAAGCAAAGCAUACUUGCAAAUGAUCCAUUCUGGAACACUUUUUUAUCUUACAACAUGCGACCACCUAUUACAAGAAACGAUCAAAUAGAGCUCGAUUCAAGACUAGACUUAUCGUGUCAACAAUUACUCGUUAAUAAUUUGAUUACUGGCAACUUUGGUACUCUGAUACAAGUAGCUCUUGUACGCAUUAAUGAACUGCUAGCACCGGUUCAAAAUCAAAAUAUAAUAUCAACAUGGCAAACAUACAAUGCACUAUUUGCUGUGAGAUGCAUUUUGAAGUAUUUUAUUGAGACUGUUGGUGAGGAAGAAAUGUUAAGACACAUUGAAGCACCACAAACAACUUCAGCAAAUGAAGCAUUAUCUUCUCUUAGAUUGGAAGAACUUUUUGAUGCAUUGAUAGAACUUAUUAUAGAUGUACCUCUAUGUGAAUUUACAUAUGUUGUUCAUUUGGAAGCAAUUAAUUGUUUACUUGUGUUACUUUCGGUGCAAUUAUUUUCUCAAACUGCAGCCGAAUAUAGCACUGUAUAUAGGAUAGCGAUGCAUGCGCAUUCAAGUCAACAAGCACCUGCUGUGGUGUGUAUACUGUUGCACAAUUUUAUACAACAGGAGCACGCUCCUCCAGGAUUACUGACACAGCAACCUGGGGGUAGUAUUGUAUUCAGUAUAGCUGCUGGAUUAUGGAACGUAAUAAAAAUGGGCAUUGGUAGUGGUUCGAAAAAUGUACAGAUUGCACAUAACGGUACUGCUGAGGACGAGGAGAGAAAACGCGAUACGGAAACUCCACUCGCUAGUCAGUCUCUAUUACUUCUAUUGGUUUUGACGAAUCAUUGUACUGCUACGCAAAAUCCAUAUAGAAACGCGCUUUUUUCUUUUAUAGAUAUGCAAGAAGAUCAACCUACAUCACAAACGAAAACAGUCGAGGUCUUUAAAUUUAAUUUAAAUAAAUUAUAUAGCACUAUUUGUAAGAUACCAAAUACAGAUGAAAUCACACUCCUGCUCUAUAUGCUGUUACAUAGGAAUUCGAGUGUGAAACAGGACAUAAUGAAAAGGCCUGAUAUACAAUUAUUGGUAACUCCAAUAUUGCAAAUAUUAUAUCAUGCACCAAACAAUACAUCACAUCAUAUUUAUAUGUCCCUUAUUAUUCUUUUAAUUUUAAGUGAAGAUGAAACGUUUAACAAACGGAUACAUGAAAUUAUGCUCAAAGGUGUAACAUGGUACACUGAGAGAUCCAUAAGCGAAAUAUCAUUAGGUGGUCUUUUAAUCCUUGUUGUGAUUCGCACGAUACAAUAUAAUAUGUUUAAAAUGAGAGACAAAUAUCUUCAUACGAACUGUCUAGCAGCUUUGGCAAACAUGUCUGCCCAAUUCACAUCCUUACAUCCUUAUGUUAGUCAAAGAUUGCUGAGUCUCUUCGAGACUCUUGCGAAAAAGCACGCUCGGUUAGAAGCAAAAAUUCGAGCGCAAACACAGCCGAUAACUUCUUCUGAUAAUACUAUUAGUGUAACUGUUAAUGGAAAUGCUACCGUUGCAAAUACAGAUUUGAUUCAAGAUUUAACCAUUCUUGAGGAAGUUCUACGGAUGGUGCUAGAAAUUAUAAAUAGCUGUUUAACUCACAGACUCGCAUACAACCCAAACUUAGUUUACACUCUCUUAUAUAAAAAGGAUGUUUUUCAACCAUUUAGAAUGCACUCUGCUUUCCAAGAUAUCGUGCAAAAUAUUGAUUCUGUGAUUAAUUUCUUUUCUUAUAAAUUGGAGCAAAAAGAUCAGUCGCAAAUUUGUUAG